GGGGCCUACGGGGGGUUAGGUAGUGAGUGGAUCAUACCUGCCGAUCCUCCUCGGAGCACCUGGACUGCGACUUCACCUGCGACAUUGUCUACUACAACUAACAUUUGUGAUUUACACGAACGCAAACGAUACACAGACGACGGAGCUCACCACAAGUCCUAAAUACGAUUAAGAAACCCGACUAGCUCUAGUUAACGAUGGAUAAGCUUCCGCCAGAGAUCCUCCUCCAUAUCCUCGAGUUUACCGUCGUAGCGCUCUAUGGCAACAAGAACAAUCUUCUUAGGCUGCGCGCCACUUGCAAGCUGUUCAAUGAAGUCCUGAAACCUUUUGCUCUCCGGACGCUUCAGUUAGAGUUCACGCGCCUCGACCGAACCGAGAGAAGACUAAAACCGCCCGAUUACGGUGCAUUGCGCCGGAUAGGACCUCUCUGCCAGGCGCUGUACCUGGAUAUGAUGGUUGUGAGAGACGACAGUGAAGUAGGAUUCUUGGGCAGUAUGUUUGCUCAGGUCCCCGCGAUGGAUUCCUUCGUGUCUCGUCUACGGAAUACCUACUGCAUGAAUGACUACUCCUUCACCGAGAUCGACUACCGUCAUCAACUAGGUCGUCUUCUCGAGCAAGCGCCGAACGUCACAGCGGUAAAGCUGAACCUACCCUUUCAAUUAGUGUCACCAGGACCGUAUAGCGCAACGACUAUGAUACUAGGAAAUACCUUCGAAGCGUUGGCGCAGCGCCCAGAAGAAUCCGAAACUCUUAGGACAUUGGUACUGGAGAACCUAACCGAUAGGUCCAUAGCGAGCCUCUGGCGAAACCCUCAGGACGUGAAGAACAUAAUCGGCGCGUUCAGGGAUCUCCAACAUCUAUUCUUAUCGGUUCGGCGAAAUGAGGAGGAACGAGAUGGCACUAUCAACUUCCGCAACCGCUUAUGGGAGAUGAUCGGCAAGGCAGAGAAGCUCGAAAGCCUAUGUCUGGCUGACCUGGACGUAAACGAAAAGCACUAUUGGGACAUCAAGACCUCGUCGCAGCGGGACUCGACGCUCGAAGAGUGGCAGUUCAAGUCCAUACCCACGAUCCACAAGCCGCCUAAAUCGGUCUUGCCUAAUCUCACCCACCUGGAAUUAUGGCAGGUCGAAGUGAUGGGCUGUGGUCUUUUGUCUGUACUUAAGUGCUUUGGCGACUCCCUAAAGGAGCUCUUCCUAGACGGCGUGUACCUCAAGACCGUCUAUAACGCCGAUUCCCCUCAGGACGUAAACAGCACGCUCUGGAUCGGCUUGCCCAAUGUACGACCGCCGCCCAACCACCGGUGGGUAGCAACGUACCUGCGCCAGAUCCGGGCCCAACUUCGCGUCUGCCGCGUCGCCAACCUGGGGUACGACCAAUACGUCAUGAGCGAGAAUCCCCUCAACAGCGCAGAAUACGACACCGUGGAUCCCUGCGGACUAGGGCGGUGCAUAGAGCAGCGAUUCGUAGAAGUAGCCACGGGAAUAAAGCAGCCAGCCGCCCCCGACGGGUCUCCGGUGGCCUACUUCCCGGAAGAAGGGGAGCAGGAGCCCUGGGCUCUAGCUGACCGGGAACCGCCGGCCGAGGGGCUCCGCAGCGAGGACUGGAACGUGAAGCAUUACAUGGCAACGCGAUAUAGCCCGACCUCGAGUUGGCAGCGGUCUAUCGACGGCUUGUUUCCCAACUGCAACCAGUUUACACUGAACGCACUUAACAGCUUUGCCGACAGUGCCUGCACUGGCAUGACGCUGCUGAAGCAGCUGCACGAUCAAGAAUGAAUCGUCUAUAUAGCUUAGCGGAGACGUGUGUGUGUACCCAAGGUUUCCUUUAAAUCUCUUUCCUCAAAUACCAAAGCAAAUACCCCUUUUAUACGGCGCUCCUUUGUUUUCAUUUCACGAUUCAUGCUUAGUGUUCCCUUGGCUUAUAUGGCAAAGAGCCGUUAUAAUAGUAAUACUAGAUGAGUCUUUUCGCGACGCUGAUUAGGCGUCUGGUGGUUUAAUGGGGAAACUGGAUGGACUGCUAGGUCCUCUUCGUACACAAUAGAUACCACAAAUCCAGAAAAUAUUAGCAAUAGAGCAAAGGUACUAUUAAUAGGCUAAUGAGAGCAUCUA